ACCAAAGCCUCUCCUUCUCUGCGCAUCCAUCCAAAGAGCUAAGCUAUGGCGUCAUCCAACAAGCACACUCUGAUUGCUUUGCUCGUCGUCUUCGCCGUGGUCGCGCCCAGCCUGCCUCCAUCUGCGGCAGCCCGAGACGGAGGAGCAGCCAAGGCCGCCGCGGCUCCGGCGCCGUCGGCCAGCGGCAAAGCUGUGCACCCCAUGGAUUUGUUCGAUGAUUUGAUCCAUGAUUUGAUCCAUUUUGAUCUGCCUCUGCCGCAGAUACUCCCUUGCCCUCCCGUGUUCCCAAAGAUCCCGUUCAUACCCUGCUACAACUACACUCCGCCGCCGCCGGUGAUGGAGUGCCGGUCGUCGCUGGCCAAGUACAUGCCCCCGUGCUCCGGCUUCCUCACCGACGCCGGCGUGCCGUUCGACCGUUCCUCGACCAAUUGCUGCGGCGUCAUCCAGCACUUCUUCGACGACAGGAGCACAUCGCCGUCCUGCCUCUGCCACGUCUUGAACGGCGACGCCGAUGGGAUCCUGCACGCGCCGGUGAACCACACGCGCGCGCUCUCCCUCCUGGACGUGUGUGGUUACGCGAUGACACCGGAACUCUUUCCCAAGUUCUGCGACUAUAGUGACGUGCCGCCGAUGGACGCUGCGAGUCCUCCACCACCGCUGCGCCAGGGGACAAAGGUUUGAUCGCCGUAAGUUCCAGCCAAGAGGUUGAUCGAUUUGUUUCAUUCGUCAAGAUUAAUAAGAGCCAUGGAUUGCAGAUUCGUGAUCGUCGUCAUCAUCCUAGUAUUACUAGUGUGUUAGGGUUUUAGGGAUUAUUAGUUACUACCUCUUGCCAAGGAAGUUAUUAGAUCUAGAUUUUAUAAGAAUUA